AUGAACUCCUCUCAGGUGGCCCCUAUACCGCAGAUCAAGGACCUUGAAUUGGGGGAGACUAUUGGUCAAGGUGCGUUUGCAUUUGUGAAGACGGCGUCGUUAAAGAUGGAUCCACGAACAAUCGUGGCGGUGAAGUUUAUCCAUUUGCCUACUUCAAGGUCACAUGGGAUGUCAGAUGAUGAUAUCAUGAAGGAGGUGCUGAUACAUUCGAAGUGUUCGCAUCAUCGUAAUGUGUUAAGAGUUAUUGAUUGCAAUAUUGCGAAGGAGUAUCUUUGGAUAGCUAUGGAGAUGGCAGAUGGAGGCGAUCUUUUUGAUAAGAUCGAGCCUAAUAUGGGAGUGGAUUCUGAGGUGGCGCAGUUCUAUUACCAGCAGCUUGUACGGGCUAUUUCUUAUCUGCAUGAAGAGUGUAGUGUGGCCCAUCGGGAUAUAAAACCUGAGAAUAUCUUACUGGAUAGAGAUGGGAACUUAAAGCUGGCUGAUUUCGGUCUAGCAACGCAGUUCAAAAGGAAGGACGGGACAAAAAGGGUAGCCAGGGAUCAAAGGGGUAGUCCGCCGUAUAUGGCGCCUGAGAUUAUAUAUUCGAAUGGAUACUUCGCUGACCUCACAGACAUCUGGUCAAUUGGUAUAUUGACUUUUGUGCUGCUGACUGGCGAGACGCCAUGGAAUGUCCCUAGUGAAGAAGAUUCUUAUUAUGAUGAGUUUUUGGCCGGUGGGGGUAAUUUGAAUCAUGGUCCCUGGAUAAAGAUUAACCUUGUUGAGCUAAGUCUACUACGUAAGAUUUUGCAGCCAAAUCCAACUAAGAGAGCUACAUUGCUUCAGUUGCGACAGCAUCCGUGGUUUAAAACGCAGGUCAGGUUUUCUGACGUCAAUGGUAUGUGUAAUGACCCACAAUUGCUUGCCAGAAAACUGCUAUCUAACCUGAAAGUUUCCUUGUCAGAUGAUGAAUAUGCUAAGUCAACACAGGAUCCACUGUUUCCAAAUCAAAAACGCAUCAUUAUGGCUACUCAACCUGUAGAAAAUGAGCUGGCUCAUUUAGUUCAUGAUUCGGUUCAUGCGAAUGGAACUGUGUUCUCACAACAUCACGGUUCAGGAUUAUCAGCAUGCAAUGAUCUGCUCAUGUCACAGUUUACACCCGAUGUUAGUAAAGGGUUGGCGAUAUUGCAAUUUCAGGUUAACGUUGACUCAAAAGUGUCUCAUAAUUUUAAUCCGAAUAAGUUCACAAAGUUCUUUUCUAGUGAAGACAUUGCAACAAUCCUAAAGCAAAUAGAAUUUGCAUUGCGACAAGUCGGGAUCCCAGUAAAGUCCGAUCUUUACAAGAGUUUCAGAGAACUGGAGAAAGUAAUGGACCCUAAAAGUGUUUUUCCAGUUAGCAUUGACAUCAAGACUCGAGAUCGUAAAGGUUGGGUGCUAUCCGGAUCUGUUUGUAUAUUGGAAGUCGAUGAUACGCUGAAAGUUAUAGGGUUUGAAAGAAAAACAGGUGACCCGUUAGAAUGGAGAAGCCUAUUUAAGAAAAUUACAAUAUUAUGCCGGGAUAUCGUUUGCACUGAAUAA